GAUCCAAAUCGUGCGUUAAACUUCUACCAAACUGCAUUAACCCAGGCAUUUAAUGACGAAAGAUUAGAUAAUUCAUCACCCGAGGUUACAGGUAUAAUGAUUCAGCUGGGCGCUCUUUACGAAGAGCUCGACAGGAUACGCGAUUCUAUUGAUGUCUUCACCAUGGCUUAUGAUGUCAUUGUCAAGCCAGACGGUUCCUCUGUUAAAUUGGAUGGAGGGAUGAAAAUCAGAUCAAUUUCGCUAGCGCAAAAAUUAGGAGAUUUACAUCAAAGUUUAAAGCAAUAUGAACAAGCCGAAAAGUAUUAUGUUUGGUCCGUGGAACAAUUAUUACAAGCUCAACAAUCAGAACUUAAGUGUUCACUGGAAUGGGUAAUUUGGAAGAAGCACAAGGAUGGGCUGAACGUGGACUUAAACUUGUGGAAAAUUUCCAACCCAAAAGGAAAAUCACUAGGGAGUAAAGCUCGUGAUUACUAUGAAAAAUCUCUCCGUUUGGCGAAACAGAUUGACUUCAAAGAUUGUGUGAAUGAAGCUGAACUCGCAUUACAAAGGACUGCGGCAUUGUUAAAUGAACAAGCCCAAUAA